CGACAGGCUUUCAUUGAAUCCAAAUUUUCCAUUCCCGACCGAGCAAAGCAAUUCACCAAAAAAGCCCCAACUCUGCAACCAUCCACUCAAAACAACAAGAACAGCCCAAAAAACGACAAGAAACAGAAAAAAAGAAGAAAAGAAAAUGCUAGACCUCCUAGCCGACCCCCAAAAAACAGCAAUAGCAAUAGCCUAUACCUUUGACCUCCGACUAAGUUCCGACGAAACCUGCACCCGCCUCUCCAUCACCAGAAAAUCUCUAGAUGCACUUGUACGCUAUAUACGCGAACAAACUGUUCCAACCGAUGGCUUGCAAACACUUCUCAACAUCACAGACCCUCAGAAACGGCAAAUAAGUCCUGGAUCCAAGGUUUCACUGGCGUUGCGUGAUGGGAUUCGACAAGAUGGGAGGAUGAAAAGUGGGUCUGGGGUGGUGGAUGCAGUGAGGUCGACGUUGGUGGAGUUGCAGGGGAGGGGUGUGUUGAGCAGUUUCAUUUGGGGGUUGGAUGAGUGGAUGGUGGAGGAGGUUGCGAAUGGGGAGGGGCAUUGUCAGGCUGAUCCUAGUGGGCAGGAGAAGCUUUGGAACAAGAAGAGGGAGAGGUCUGAGAAUGGAAGUGAGGAUGGUGUUGGAGAGGAGGUUGAAGAGGUUUUUGAUGAUGAUAGGGAACCGCCUACGCCUCCUAGAUUGAGGAAGCGCUACGCUCCAGGUGAGAUUUGCACAAAGGCGGCGAGGAAGAAGUGA